AUGACAGCAAGAUCAACAGACACAGAUUUCUCAUAUCGUCUCACGGAAAGCAUUCUAUCCAAAACCACGCCAAACAGCACGCUGUCAUCGAAGCAGGGAUCAGACACACCCUAUCCUUCACAAAAUCAACCAACGCCUCGAUUAGUGACAACGCUACCCUCCAAUUUCAUUGUCAUUCAACCAAAAGACUCGGACUCAUCAUUCAAUAACUACAUUGGGAACCAUUUCAAAGAAGAUGCCCCUGUACUGCUGGAUCGAUUGUCAGUCGCAUCGCCUAUUCCACCUGCUACACCCAGCAACCCAACCCUAAAGAAAUCAGAAUCUACAUUUUGGGCAUAUCUGUCAGACGAUCUGGACGGGAGACCUCCUAUGACAUCCUCAGAUAUAUCUGUAAAACAGCACAACCAUCAUGGUAGCGAUGCAAAGGACAUGGAGCAUCAAAACACGUGGUACGAGUACGAUUCAAUCUUUGCUGGUCAAACAUCGUCUUAUACAACGGCUACACACUUCUUUUCAGCUGGCGCUUUUCUAUUCUUGUUUGGAUUUAUAUGCCCUCCUUUAUGGUGGAUAGGUUCAUUCUGUCCAACACGUGUUAGUGAUGAGUAUCAACAUAAGCACGAUGGCGACAUCAAAAUGAUCAAAAGAUGGAGAACACUGAACAGAUUCUUUUCAUUGGGGUUCAGUACCUUAUUGAUCAUCGCCAUCAUCGUCUUGGCUGUGCUUUACUCGAAACUAUAA